ACCGCGACGCGCGGAAAAACGAGACGCACAUGUCGGGCCUAAACAUUUUUUUUUUCGUUGUUCCCCCGCCAUCGCGCCCGGAGAAAGAGAAGGGAAACAAGCACGACGUUCCUCCGAUCCACAUGCGAUCUUCGUCUAACCGGCUUGGUCGUCAUUGCGUGGCGUUCUUUUCAAUUAGGAUGAAGCAGGAUAGAGCUCCACGCGCACGUUUUUACCUUACAGCGAUCUCGUACGUGCGCGCGCGCUCUCGACGUAGCGCGGUUCCUCGUGGCAUCAUGUCCAAUAUAAAAGACGCGCUGUCGGUGUUAUGCGAAUACAUUAAUUCGUUAAUAAACGUAGGUUUAACGCCCGAGCACCUGAGGCUGGCCAAGUGCAACAGCCCAGACGAAAAUACCGCCGAGACGCUCUGGAGUACGCUGUGCAUUCUGAGCUACCAUGCCGCGAGGGAGAAACGGAGUGACAUAGAUUUCCGAAAUUACGAUGCAUCGACGGCGGUAAAAUUGCAUCUUGCAUUCCUGCAAUACCCGGCGAUCGAAUUUUACAGCUUGUCGCAAGACGGCAAGUAUAACAAAGAUGUGUUAAUAGCCCUUGCUUGGCUGUUGGGAACGCAGGAUGUCCUGACUACCAUCCUUCGAGCAAAACUGAUUGAUGGUGUCCUGGGUGCUGAGUGCUCGCAUUUAGAUCCACCAGAACCUCCGUCGUUAACUAUCCUAUCGAACGAUCAGCCGUUAUCACCGACCGCUCAGCUCGACAGUAUCCUGCACCUGAACGCCACGGUAAAUCUAAACCUGCGGGAGAUCGACGAGCUAGUACGCGAGCGGGCCAAAUUGAUAUCUAAGGUACACGCGGCGAGCCUCGACGCGAGUGGUCUACCGCAUCUGAGUGUGUCCGAAUUAGCGUUGACGAAACGCCUCGCGGGAACACUCGUCCUCGACAAUGGUGGAGACGGCAGCUCUGAGAAGGAUCGACGGCGAUUGCGAGAAUUCCGCGAGGCCGGGGCCCUGCUGGACGCGUGCACCAAGUGGCUGCGGAAGCGGCACGUAUUCUUCGACUGGAUGGCUACGGUGAUUCGGGAGCACAGAAGAUCCAUGGAAUCGACUCCGAGAGUGAUCCAUUCCCAAGAACUCGCAGCGUUCAACUCGCUGUUACGUAAUGUAAUUAGGGACAAACUCCGAGGUUUUGCACCCGAGGAGACGGCGAGCGGCGGUAGUGUCACAAACCUGGCCUUGAAUUGCCCGUCUCGCGCGCACAGAAGUCAGUGUAACAGUGCAGAAGCGCAGAGCUGGUUGAAUGAUUUGAAUGAGCGCCAGGACUGCGAGGAGAAAAAUUUCCAACGAAACAGAAAACAACUGGCCGACGAGUUGAAGGGAAUGCUGAAGUUGAUACCAUCCGUCGUUCACGUUUGAUUUAAAUUUAAUUUAUGCUACGUAUCAAUUUUACAGGCAUACGUCACAUAAAAAAAGAUUUAUUUAUUCUUAUGUGAUAAACAUUACAUAACUUAUUACUAUUUUGAGAUAAAAAAAUUGCAUAUUAAAUUAUAUAUUACUUUAAAUUAAUUACGUAUUGCAACGAGUUUCAUACAUGAAUGAAUUUACAUGAGUGUAAUUUACAACAAUGUGAGCGUGCAGAAUGAGUCUUAAUCUCAAAAUCUAAAAAUAGUUUUUAUGCUAAUGAGAAAAUGUUUGACGAAAAGAUUUACACGUAGCUUUUCGCUUCUGACAUAAAAAUCAGUAUGCAAUAAGAAACUUCGAAAGUAAAAUAGAAAAAAAUCUUAAACUCUAUUUUUCAUGUCAAAUGCAUCUGAUGAUUAGUAUGCACACAGGAAUUAUAGGACGAAUCGAAAAAUAGGAUAUUUUUCAACAUUAUACAAAACUUUUGUUUAAAGAGAUAGAUAUGUAAAUUAUAUUUUGAAAAUAUGCAUAUUUGUUAAAAAAAAAUAAAAAUCAAAAUUA